AACCAUUGUUUUGCCGCGAAAUGGCGUUCCGGUAAAUUACCCAGAGACGGGGGUAAAUCUUGAGAGUCCUAACAAAAGCAAAGGGGAAGUUGGGGAAGUGGAAUGGGGAUGGGCACUAAAGCCACGAUUGCAGAAGGGAGGGAGGGAAAAAAAGGAGAGAGAGAGGGAGAGACCCAACCAAAAGGGUAACCAAAAGAAAAAAAAGAGAAACCCUUCUUUUUUUCGAAAAAAAACGUAAAGUUAUGAGACGAGAAAUAUGUAAACGGAAAAAAAAAAACAAGAAUUAAUGAUUAGUUUUAAAAAAAAAAGUGAGUUCGUGGGUAGAUAAAAGAGGAGGAGAGGAAAAAAGUGGAGGAGAAGGAUCCAACAAUUAUUGGCAUCGAAUGCCGGAAUCCGGACUUCCACUGUUUUCCUGAAUUCCAACUGAUCACUCUUUCUCUCCCUCUGUCUUAUACUUCUUUAUAAAUUCUUUGUUUUUAUAAUUGGUUUUUGUUGGCUAUAAACUGGUGAGUGGGGUGGCUUCUCUUUUCUUUCGCCUUCUCGUUGGAGAGAAGACGCCCCGCCUCUUCUUCUUAUUAUUAGGGCCUCGAUUUCUCUAUCUACCCCGCAACAAGAAGGAGAUCGUUCGCACAGGGAAGGAAAGAGGAAAGCUGGUUCGUGGAUGACCGGGCAGAGUUGUGACGGCUAAACGAUUGGAUGUUGGGUGUUUUGGACUGUUGAGGCAUUCAUCCUCGAUCGUUUCUGGCGGUUUCGUUGGUGGUUUUGUUGAAAGCGGGGUCUUAGGAGAUUCUUUAGCAGUUGCAUUUGUGAUGUCGAGGUCUUGGAAGAAAUCUUGAGCCUACUGUAUUGGAAAAUUUGAACAGUCUGUGAUGAAAUUGUUCUUCUGAGAGCUUUCUUGGUAAGAAGAUGGCAGAAGAUCCGAACAUGAAUUUUCCGCACGGGGGAGUUUUCCCACAAUCUUUCUGCAAUCAGCAAGUGGUUUCUUUUCAGUCAGAGACAGUAAACAGCACAACGGGGAUGAUCGGCAUGAAUAGUAUGAGUGGGAUUAGCAGCACAGCUGGGAUGAUUCUGGCCAAUAAUCCUGCAAUGAUGAUAAAUAAUGCUUCUUUGAUGAUUUCACCUUGCAAUUCUCCUAGCAAUAUCCUUCAGGAGCCGGUGCCUGGUCUCAAGCAUGGCAUAGGGUUGGCUGUCGACUGGUCAUAUGAAGAAUUGGCCAUGUUGAGGGAAGGUCUUGAAAGAUAUGCAAAUGAACCUAAUAUCAUGAAGUAUAUCAAGAUAGCUGCUAGACUACCUGACAAGACUGUAAGGGAUGUUGCAAUGAGGUGCCGGUGGAUGACUAAAGAAAAUGGUAAACGGCGGAAACAAGAAGAAUAUUAUGCAGGAAAGAAAAUCAAAGAUGGAAAGGAAAAGAUGGUAGAUUGUUCCACAAGGUCUAAUGUACAUCCUAUUCAACCAGACAAUGCAGCUGCCUAUUCUUCGAUGAUGCAUCAUGGGAACCACAAUAAUCAAUUUUCAUGUGAAGCCCCUGUAAUUGAUGGUGCAACAAGGCAUCUUCUAGAUGAAAAUGUUCAAGUUUUUAACAAAAUUGCAGCUAAUCUUCAAACAUUUCAGAUACGGAAUAACAUUGAACUCUUUUGUCACGCAAGAAACAACAUUACAACCAUUAUAAAUAGCAUGAGUGAGAUGCCUGGUAUUAUGAGUCGAAUGCCUCCUUUGCCUGUUUCAGUAAAUGAGGACCUAUUCAGUUCCAUUCUCCGAAGUGCCAGUCAAGCUCAUGCACCAGGCAGUAGUCAUUUGAAGGAAGAACCAAGAUGCUGGUAACUGAUCCGGAAAUGAGUUGCAGUCUAAUUACAAAAUUUCCUUCUGUUAAGGCAUGGAAAUGGUCAGAGAUGUGUCCCCUGCGUAGACCAUCAAGAGCAAUAUGUCAAGUUCCAGUUUUGGAAUGUCCAAGGAGCACAAAGCAUCAGGAAGUAAUAGCCUCUCCAUUUCUUGGGCUGAGUAUGACCUGACACUGAAUAUUUUGAGCUCCUGCUACAGAGUCAUCAUGUAUAUGCUUCAUGGGAGAGAGAACUUUUGGAAUGAUAAACAUUUUUAGGUGCUUGCAGAUAAGUGAUUCUUUUGCUUCAUUUUCAUGUCCGUUCAGCAUUCUACAUUGACAAAGAUUUAGUGCCACAAAUUAAUCAGUCUUCAUACUGUAUUAACCCAAACCUAUAUAAGGAAAGAAAAAGAACUGAGCUACUAGUCAUAUGGGUAUGGAUUAUUGUCAUGCAGUCAGCUAUUUCUGCUUGGAGCCUUGCCGCAUUUUG